AUGGAUGAAUCCAUCUCUAAGAAACCCGCUUCCGUUAUUGACUCUGCCGGUCAUGAUCUGACCAAGAGUUCUCAGCGGGCAACCUACCGAGAACACAAUCUGACCAUCCGUCAAGCUGUAUCGAAGCACAAGAGCGCUGUCUUGUGGGCUACUUGGUUCAUAAUACCAAACUGUGUCAUUGGCUACGACGCCACAACUCUCGGUACUUUGGUCGGCAUCCCGCAGUUUCGCAAAGACUUUGGUUACGAGUAUCCUGUUGGAUCUGGCGAAUAUGUUCUCGCAGCGUCAUGGACCGCCGCAUACCCAUAUGCACCAAUCAUUGGUUUCCUAUUGGGACCUCUCUGGGCAGGAUGGUGCACCGAUCGUUUCGGACCACGGAAGACACUAUUGGGAAGCACAACUCUAUCCUUGUUCACUCUCUUGAUUCAAAUCUUGGGGAAUAGCGCUGCAGUCAUCUUUGUAGGAGCCGUCAUCACUGGUCUUCUCACUGGCGCUUUCCCUGCCCUUGGGCCAGCAUACAUUUCGGAGAUCCUCCCUGUCCGCCUACGAGGUAUUGGACUGGCAGCCAACAAUUUCGCUCAAGUGGCUGGCUCGUUUAUUGCAAUCGGUAUCUUGACUGGGACGCAAACGAUGAAUGAUAAAUGGGCAUACAAAAUUCCUUUCAUUACUGAAUACGCCUUUCCUCUCAUUUUUAUUCUCGGUGCUUUUUUCGCUCCUGAAACACCUUGGUUUCUAGUGAAAAAGAAGCGAUACGACGAGGCUACAGCUGCUCUCAGAAGCACAGGAUAUACCGAGAAUAUCGAUGAAACCUUGGCUCACAUGAAGGAAACCAUCUUGCUUGAAGAAGAGCGUGAGAGGUCAAUCUCGUACUGGGACUGCUUUAAGGGUACAAACCUUCGACGUACCAUGAUCUGUACUGUGUCCUACAGUGGUCAGUUCUUUUCUGGCAUCAACGUUGCAUCAUCCUUCGCUACGUACUAUUUCCAAGUGGCUGGAAUGUCAGAUUCUCAAGCUUUUCACCUUUCUCUUGGUCUGUUCGCCCUUGGCAUCGUCGGGAACGUUUUGUCAUGGCCGUUGCUGUCAAUCUGGGGCCGAAGGCUAGGCUAUAUCGUGACCUGUGGUAUAACCAUGGUGCUCAUGUUCAUCGUUGGGUUCCUGGACCUUGCUCCAUCUUCUAACAAGGCCGCUCUGUACGCCAAGUCGACUAUGCUUCUUGUCUUCUACUUCGUAUACAACUGCGGACUGGGUCCUCUCGUUUACGCCAUCAUUGCAGAGGUCCCAAGCACAUCGAUCCGUGGCAAAACUCUGGGUGUGGCUGCUUCAGCUGCGCAUAUUUUCUCUCUCGCAAUCACUGCUGGACUUCCUUACGCGAUGAGCGCUACUGAGGCAAACUGGGGUGGCAAGAUUGGGUUUCUGUUUGGUGGGCUGGGUUUUCUUCUGCUCAUAUGGAGCAUCUUCUGCCUACCGGAAACUAAAAACAAGACGUUUGAAGAGCUUGACUUGCUUUUUGAGCACAAAGUUCCCGCCUGGAAGUUUGGUAGUACCGACUUGCUAGGACUUGACGGUGAGCAACCAUAG